AUGGCUCUCCUCCCUCUGGCGCUCUUGUGUGCGGCCACUUUGGGUGCGGCAGAGCCCCAGCUCUUCGAGCCCGAGCCCUUUACCAGCGCGCAGUUGCGAGGUACAGACCCUUUUGAGGAGGCUGUCGAAGAGCCCGUCCGAAGCGAGAAGUGGCUGAGGGACAUCAGCAGGCGGACCAAGAACCACUUCAAGAAGAUUCUGCAGCCGCUUCAGACUCCGAUUGUGCAGGAGUACCAGGUGCUCCAAAUCCUCGACGGAUACGUCAACUACACGAUGCAGCUGGUGGCAAAUGCCACUGGCCAUGACGUGGUCUGGAACCGAACAGGCCGUUGGCUGUCCGAGGAGGAGCCACGGGCCUUGAAGCAGGAUCUGCCCCCAAGGGCCCGGUACAUCAACAGGAUGCUGAUCUAUCUGAACAAGGAGAUGGAUGUCGUGUGGAACUUGAAGACCAUGGUUGACCGCAAGCGCUGGGGCGUCGGAAAUGUCAUCACGUCCUCGCCCUACGGCCCCCAUGGGGAGCACCCAGAGCGCUGGAGGGCCAAUGGCUCCUUCCCGCUUCCCAAGGCGGCACCGAACAGCACCAUUCUCCUCCAGGACAAGAAGAUCAAUCUGGUGCUCCGCGUCAAGGCCGACGUCGAAGAGUAUGACAACAAGUAUGCCCAGCAACUGCAGGCUGAUUAUGAGUCCUUGGUCCACAACAUCAAUGAUGCCAGCCAGAAGAUCAGCGACCUUCGUGGCCGGCUCUGGAAGAUGGAGGACUUUGCACAGCAGUUCAUCGUCCUUCCGUCCGGUGUUUGGAACAAGAUCGAUGCGAACUGA